UUUCCCUUACCGAAUGCAAAACUAUUGUUUUCUGAACCAUUGACACACAUCGAAUGCACAAGAAGCCGAUGUGUAUACGUAUACGUUAUUAAAAUAAUACGCGGAUUCUACGGAGGAACGUUAUUGUUAUGUAUAAUAUUAAAUAGUUAUCAUAGCUUUAAAGUUAUAUUUAAUAAUACAUGCGAUAGAUAUAUUUUUUCACAAUGUCGUACCAGUUAUAUAGAAAUACGACAUUGGGAAAUACAUUGCAAGAAAGUUUGGAUGAAUUAAUACAAUAUGGGCAAAUAACACCACAGCUUGCGAUAAAAGUGUUAUUGCAGUUUGACAAAGUUAUUAAUCAAGCUCUUGCAACCAGAGUUAAAUCUAGACUUACAUUUAAGGCUGGCAAAUUAAAUACAUAUAGAUUUUGUGAUAAUGUAUGGACAUUUAUGCUAAAUGAUGUUGAAUUUCGUGAAGUUCAAGAGGUUGCAAUGGUAGACAAAGUAAAAAUUGUUGCUUGUGAUGGCAAAACAUUGGAUGUUGAGGGAGCAACAAAGCGAUAACAAAUUUUGGAAUAAGAUUUUUAUUAUACCUUGAACAGGAUAACGGGCAAUUUUCAUAAUAAAUAGUAAUGUUAACAAAAUACAAUAUAUAAAAGUAGGCAUAAGUUUCUCAUUACUUCCCUAUAAAUGUUAAUAUAAUUUUUAUCUAAUAAUUAAUCAUAC